AUGACGUGGGAAGAUAAGAUAGAUACCAGUGUCGGUAGUCCAUGUAGAAAUCUUCGUUUUUUGAAAGAAAUGGUUUCGACGAUUCAAGAAUGGUGGGAGGAAUAUCCCUACCAGAUCUCUCUGUGCGUAGCCCUUGUUUUCUUUGUAAUUUGGACUCUCUCGAAAACAUGUAAAAGACGAAGACGUCUGCAUGAUAUACCCGUACGCGACAUCACGAAAGGACAUAGGUGGUUAUUGAAAGACGAGUUUCGCAGAUCGACCUACUGUAGUGUUUGCGAAUCGCUCAUUACUCAUGGCGGAGUGUGCGAUUCGUGCAGUGUUUGCGCAGACGAUAUCUGCUUAUCAGCAGCGGACAGGUUAUUCGCGUGCAAAGCGUUGUCGCUGUCGAAGCAAGUGACACAAUCAAUGAAACACCACUGGGUGCGAGGAAAUUUGCCUCUAUUCACCGCCUGCUGCGUGUGUAAAGCAGAAUGCGGGAAUCUGCCGCGCCUGUCAGACCAUCGCUGUGUGUGGUGCCAGAGGACGGUUCACGACAACUGUUUAUAUUUGGUCAAGACAGCAGAAUGCGAUUUCGGGAAAUAUUGUAACUUGAUCAUACCCCCAUAUUGUCUAUCAUUAACACUAGUCGGUUGGAAGGGGCGCAGGCAUUGGAGCGUGGCGGGAGUUGUCAGCCCACCUGAUGACAGAAACUGGAAACCGAUUUUGGUUUUCUGUAAUCGUAAAAGUGGGAACAAUGAAGGAGAACAGAUUCUCAGUACAUACAGAUCUAUGCUUAACCCAGUACAGGUUGUUGAUUUAUCUGAAGUCCCUCCAGAGAAAGCGCUAGAGUUGUGUAAUUUUAUCCCUCAUAGGACGUGUACAAUACUGGUAUGCGGUGGAGAUGGUACCAUUGCCUGGGUGCUUGGUGCAAUUGAUAGUAUGAAUCUACAAACACGGCCAAAUAUUGGCAUUUUACCUCUUGGUACCGGUAAUGACCUUGCACGGGUGUUGGGAUGGGGUGAAGGGUACAGUGGAGAAGAGAACCUUGAUGAAUGGUUGGAUUCUAUUGUGAAUGCCAAAGUUACCCCCAUAGAUAGGUGGUCACUGAAUAUUGUCAAUCUUCGAAGAUUUGGAUUUCGGAAACCAGUGAAGGCGCUGUCAAUGACCAAUUAUUUCUCAUUGGGUUGUGAUGCAUCAAUUGCACUGAAAUUUCAUCGUCAGAGGGAGAGUCGGCCAUCUUGGUUUAAGAAUCGUGUUAUCAAUAAAAUAUGGUACUUCUUUUUUGGAGCUAGAGAUGCGCUUCUGGAACAGGAAUGCAAGAACUUUCAUAAGAAAGUUACAUUGGAAUUGGACGGCGCUGCGGUUCAGUUACCUGAAAUCGGAGGUAUCGUAGUUCUGAACAUCAAUAGCUGGGGUGCUGGUUGUGCUUUGUGGGGAACCAGUACUGGUGGUAACAACAUACCUAAAUCAAGGUCAGUUCUUGUUUGUGAAUUACCUAGCUAUUUUUAA